AUGUAUAGUCGCAGCCAAGCUUGGAGUACGCUGGCGUCUAGCCACCGCUCGACUGCCCUCUGUAAUUAUACCGUAUAUACAACGCCGUGUAUGUUCCCGCCGGGGGCGAACAGCCGCCUUCUUCGGCUCCACGAGAGUUACAGCAACCCGGACGACAGGCCGACGUCUUAUGACCCUCCGGGCAAAAUAGUGCAGCAGUUGUGGGAUCCGAUAAGAUGCAGCGGCGUCGAUUGUCGGCCGGAAGAAAAGAAAGAUUAUUUUCUCUCAGAUGCAGAGGAACGUACUCUGGUGCGGUAUUAUGAAGGACAUUUAAGAGACUUGGGUAAACGAUUUAGUCCAAAAAUGCCUUCAGCUACAGUGGCAACAGCUCUGCAUUAUUUUAAAAGAUUUUAUCUGAGGAACAGUGUCAUGGAUUUUCAUCCAAAAGAAAUAUUAGUCACGUGCGUUUAUCUAGCAUGCAAGGUAGAGGAAUUCAAUGUGUCGAUAUCUCAGUUUGUAGCAAACAUUAAAGGCGAUCGAGAUAAAGCAUCUGAUAUUAUACUUAACAAUGAAUUGCUCCUCAUGCAACAGUUAAACUAUAAUCUUACUGUUCACAAUCCAUAUAGGCCAGUAGAAGGUUUACUGAUUGACAUAAAGACACGUUAUCCAGCAAUUGAAAAUCCAGACAGAUUGCGAGAACAUAUAGAAGAAUUUCUCGAUAAUGUUUUCAUGACUGACAGUGUUUUACUUUAUGCCCCGAGUCAAAUAGCAUUAUCAGCUAUUCUCUCAGCAGCUUCCAAAGUAGCAUCGAGUUUGGAUAGUUACGUAACCGAUAUCUUGUUUUCGAGAGAUCGUUUAGGAGGAAUAAUCGAAGCAGUCAGAAAAAUAAGAUCGAUGGCAAAAUUUAUUGAAACUCCAACCAGAGAAUCUGUAAGGCCGAUAGAAAAAAAACUGGAAAGAUGCAGAAAUCAAGAGAACAAUCCUGAUAGCCAAAUAUACAAGCAAAGAAUGCAAGAAAUGUUGGACGAGGAUGAUUUGUUAGAUAAUGAAAAAUAUGCGAAAAUUAUUCAAGAUCAAGCAGCAAAUGACGAGAGGACUCUAGGAGUCGUCAAAGUUUCCUCUCCGUCUGAUUGACAGCAAGACCCCAGAUUAUUAAUUUAAAUAUUAUUAUUUGUCAAAGAAUUUUGUGGCAGUUGUACUCAAUUGGCGUAAACCGUUACAUGUGAAACAGUUCAUCCAUAUUUUAGAUAUAUUUUUUUUACUUUUUUCGAUACAAAAAUCGUAUAUUGAAUGCAAAUAAAUAUAAAUUCUACGAU